GGGCUAUGCAGAAUUUUGUUGUGGCUCGUAAACUUGAGUCAGAGAUGCCAAAAGAUAGCAAAUAAUUUGAACGCCGUUUUGAAAGGCAGCCACAGGUCAAAACUCAAAAGGAAGAAAAAGGUGUGGAACAUGAGAUGAGGAGUAGCAGCCACCAACCGCGCCAACUGAACGACCGAAUCCUCACCAACCAAACCCCCCAGUCUUCAAUCUUCUCCUUAUAAAAUGUCCAGGCAGCAUCAGCACUUCAGCACUGACCACAGAUAAAAAAAAAUAAAAAUAAAAAUAAAAAAGCCCCAGUUUGGCAUCCAGCAGCAACCUGCCAUGGAAAGCAGUGGGAUCGGCAGAGUGGCUCCCCUGGAAGCGGUGCUCUUCGACAUCGACGGCACCAUGGCCAUCUCGGACCCGUUCCACCACCGCGCCACGUCGGAGAUGCUCCUCAAGGUAGGCUACAACAACGGCGUUCCCAUCACGCCGGAGUUCGGCAUGGCGCACAUGGCCGGCCGGAGCAACGACCAGAUCGGCCGCUUCCUGUUCCCGGACUGGGACCAGGCGCGGCUCGACGCCUUCUUCGCCGAGAAAGAGGCGCUCUUCGCCCGGUACGCCGGCGAGGGGCUCAGGGAGAUCGCCGGCCUCACCGCGCUCUGCCGCUGGGCCGACGAGCGUGGGCUCAAGCGCGCCGCCGUCACCAACGCGCCCAGGGCUAACGCCGACCUCAUGAUCUCCAUCCUCGGCCUCUCUGACUUCUUCCAGCUCGUCGUCACCGCCGAGGAGUGCGAGCGAUUUAAGCCCUUCCCGGACCCGUACCUCAGGGCGCUGGAGCUGCUUGGCGUCUCGCCGGAGCACGCCGUCGUGUUUGAGGACUCCACCACCGGCGUGCAGGCAGGCGUUGCGGCAGGGAUGCCCGUGGUUGCCAUUGCUGAGGAGAGCCGGGAGGGCAAGCUUCUCGCCGUCGGUGCCACGCUUGUCAUCAGGGACUACGAAGAUCCCAAGCUGUGGGCGGCAUUGGACAAACUGGACAUCGCCAAGCCUGAAGCUGCUGCUGAGGCCAAUGGAACUCAUACACAACUGUAGCUGAGGACCACAAAUACUAGUAGCGAAAAACAAUUUCUUGCUAUAUUUCACUUUCAUUCACGCAUGAUUGAAUUAUAACCCAUUCGUGUAUGAUGUAUUUUGAUGAGAUUGAGGUCAUACAAAAUUGCCUGUAGGCCAGGCUGUUACACAGAUGAGUGAUAACAAAA